AUGGAGGCAGCCCCGGGCCCGGGAAGGCUCCGCCGGGAGCCGCUGCCGCCCGCGGCUCCGCACAUGGGCUGCGGCGCGUCGCCCCGGAGCGGGCGGGCCGGCCUGCCACCGCCGCGCCUGGCGCCCUGCCUGGCACCCGGCCGCCCGCCGCCGCCCGCCCGCCGCCGUCGCUGCCGCCCGCUGGCCCCGGGCCGUCCCGCCCGGCUCUUUGCCGGGAAUAACGGAGAAAAAGCCCGUUUAUCCUCACCUCCGGCCACCGCUUCAAGAUGGCGACGAUGGAGCCCCUGUCACGUGUGCCGCGGGCUCGGGUCAGGUGACCAGCGGGGGGGCGCCGCCGCCGCGUCAGCGCCGCCUCCCGUUGCCAUGGAGACGGGCAGUGACGCUGCCGGGGCGCGGCGGGGCCGGGGCGGCCCGGGCACAGUGCCGGCCUGUGCGGCACUGGGGAAUGGCACAGCCCUGGUGUGGCCCAGAGCCGCUCAGGAUGGUCCCAUGCAGCUGGGACUUCAGUCAGAGUCUCCAGGUGCUCCCCCUGCAGCUCCACUAUUUAUGGGAUCCGGCUCCUGUCAGACCAGAACCCCUCAAUAUUCCCAUAUCCAGGGCCAAGCCUGGCAGCACGAUGCACUGCAAAGAUUGUAG